AGGUCUCGGUUCUGGAGCCGUGACGUCACUCAUCGUCUUUUCUGCCCGGAAGAGUGGAACAGCCCACUCGCUAGCUAGCCGUAGUCCUUUAGCCACGCGAUGGAUUUGAACGUGAAAAAGCUCGCCGCUGGUGCUGGGUUGCUUUUUACACGGGCUGUUCAGUUUACAGGAGAGAAGCUGGGCCAGGCGGAGAAGACAGAGUUGGAUGCUCACUAUGAAAACCUAAUGAGCCGCGCGGACUGCACCAAAAACUGGACUGAGAAGAUUUACAGACAAACCGAGGUCUUGCUGCAGCCCAACCCAAGUGCUAGAAUUGAAGAGUUUCUCUACGAAAAGUUGGACCGGAAGGCACCAUCCAGAGUUACCAAUGGGGAACUACUAGGUCAUUAUAUGGAGGAGGCUGCUAAUGAAUUUGGUCCUGACACUCCAUAUGGAAGCAGUUUAAUCAAGGUGGGAGAAUGUGAGCGACGAUUAGGAACAGCUGAGAGGGAGUUACUUCACACGUCAGCCCUCAGUUUUCUUACACCCCUCAGGAACUUUCUGGAAGGAGACUGGAGGACCAUUACAAAAGAACGGCGUCUAUUGGAGAAUCUUCGCCUUGAUCUGGAUGCUGCCAAAGCACGUUUGAAGAAGGCCAAAGCAGCAGAGGCAAAGGCUGCGAUGGCUCCAGAUUUUCAGGAGACCAGACCGCGCAACUAUGUGCUCUCUGCUAGUGCCUCUGCUCUUUGGAGUGAUGAAGUUGAAAAAGCUGAACAUGAACUGAGGGUUGCCCAAACAGACUUUGACCGACAAGCAGAGGUCACACGGCUUCUUUUGGAGGGUAUCAGCAGUACACAUGUGAAUCACCUCCGCUGCCUGCAUGAGUUUGUGGAGGCCCAAGCAACUUAUUAUAAGCAGUGUCACUUCCACAUGCAAGAACUAAAGAAAGAACUUGGAAGACUUCCAAAUGCUUUUGCACAUAACUCCACCGGCUCCAUGGCUACCGCAGACUUGACAUCGGGAGGAUUCAACAACACUGUUGAGAUGGAGACCCUGAAGAUUGAGGAAGUGCAAGCACCUGCUGCAGGAACUCGCAAAGCCAGUCCUUUAUGAUUACGAUGCUGCUGACUCUAGUGAGCUUUUCCUCAUAGCAGAUGAGUUUUGCAUUUUUUCUCUACUUUUUGUACACAGACACGGACCUUUUCUUUCGCCAAAGACGCAGAGUACGACGCAGCAUGGUGGGACCCGAGAGACGAGGUGUAAUUACCAUAUCGCAAAUCAAUGAGAUUGUUUGUCUACCUUACUAACAUAAUGUUAACGCUCGGGAUGCUCGCUGUUAAUUGUGACUACCAUCGAAUUUGUGGUUAAAUUGUUUAUUACGAAGGUAACAAAUACAGUAGAACAUGAAUAUAACAACCAGAAAUUUACUUUUAGGGUGCUUAAAGGUUUUGCUCAGUUUAGGCAGUGUGACAUACGUAUGGCCAGUAUACUAGGAUCUGAUCUGUAAGUGGCUACAUUUUGAGUCAACGAGGUGGAAAACGUGCCAAAGGUGUUCGGAUAGGAAUGAGAGUCAAAUGGGUGAUUUACCCAGAGGAGAGUUUUGGUGAAGUCAGAUGGAGGAAAUAUUUGUUUCCUCUUGAGGUGUCUUCUUUUUAGUCUGAAAAAACUGAACACUUCCAAAACUUGUAGUCGUACAAAGAAUGUCUUAUUCCUAGUCAGCUGGUCUAGCGCAAACUUCCACAAGCAUGAACCUCAUGUAUUAAUUUUUCACAAAAAGCAAAAAUGUUAGCUGAAGUGAAUUUGCACAACGGCCGUUAAUGCCUUUUUUAAAUUAAUGCCUUAUCUUGUAUGCCCAAUGUGAAUUUAAGAAAUAAAAACUGUUGAUUAUAUAUACUAAUAAUAAUAAUAAAAAAAAAAAAAGAA